GAUACAUAUGACUGACUUCCACUGAUGGUUGUCACUUUUGACAGUGAAUGUUAGUAAUUUAUGUCCAAUAUGUAGCCAGAAUGCACAUUUAGCUGUCAGUGUUCAGUCAUGUUGUGCCUGGUCAUUGUAAAGUUAUUGACACAGAAUGCAUACUCACCAAUUGUUACCCUCUGUUAUCGUUAACCCCCACCCCACACACUCUAGACGAGGCUUGAAUCCCCCCCACAGAGUGAAGUCCAUCUCUAUGACCACCUUCACACUACAGGAAAUUGAAUUCUUACAGAAACACACCAACGAGGUACUGACAUUAAUUCAAGUAAUGUGCUAAGAAAUGUGUUCUUCAAUUCUAGUCCUGGGGAUCCGCAGGGAGUGCAGGCUUUUGUUUCAGCCUAGCACUAACACAUCGGAUUCAUUCAAAGGCACUGAUGAUUAGCUUAGUCAGAUGUGUCAGUAUUGAGAAUAAAAGCCUGCUGACCCUGUGGAUCCCCAGGACCAGUGUUGAAGAACAAUAGAUUAUUGUCUUUGUGCAUGUCAGCCUCCUCAUGUCUGCCGUCUUUCAGUUUUUCUGUCUCAAGGGAGUUUUUCUGUCUCAAGGGAGUUUAUUGGCAUUUCUCUUCUCUCUCUCGCUCUCUCUCUCUCCACCCCCUUCCCCACACACUUUCUCUCUAGGUUUGUAAAUACAUCUGGUUGGGGCUGUACGAUGACAGGACAUUGGUUGUUCCAGACUUCCGCGAACAACAGAAAGUAAAAGAAUUCCUCCAGGAAAAAUAUGAGAAGAAAAGAUGGUGAGGAGCUUCACUCUUCUGCUUUCUGUUGAGUUCACUGAUUAUCUCUGUUGAGUUAACUGAAUAGCUCUGUUGAGUUAACUGAAUAUCUCUGUUGAGUUAACUGAAUAGCUCUGUUGAGUUAACUGAAUAACUCUGUUGAGUUAACUGAAUAGCUCUGUUGAGUUAACUGAAUAGCUCUGUUGAGUUAACUGAAUAGCUCUGUUGAGUUGACUGAAUAGCUCUGUUGAGUUGACUGAAUAGCUCUGUUGAGUUGACUGGAUAGCUCUAUUGAGUUGACUGGCUAUCUCUAUUGAGUUGACUGGCUAUCUCUAUUGAGUUGACUGGCUAUCUCUAUUGAGUUGACUGAAUAGCUCUGUUGAGUUGACUGGAUAGCUCUGUUGAGUUGACUGGAUAGCUCUAUUGAGUUGACUGGCUAUCUCUAUUGAGUUGACUGGCUAUCUCUAUUGAGUUGACUGGCUAUCUCUAUUGAGUUGACUGGCUAUCUCUAUUGAGUUGACUGGCUAGCUCUAUUGAGUUGACUGAAUAGCUCUAUUGAGUUGACUGAAUAGCUCUAUUGAGUUGACUGAAUAGCUCUAUUGAGUUGACUGGAUAUCUCUAUUGAGUUGACUGGAUAUCUAUUGAGUUGACUGGAUAGCUCUAUUAAGUUGACUGGAUAUUUCUAUUGAGUUGAGUUGACUAAUUAUCUCUAUUGAGUUGACUGAAUAUCGCUUGAGUUGACUGAAAGCUCUAUUGAGUUGACUGAAUAGCUCUAUUGAGUUGACUGAUUAGCUCUAUUGAGUUGACUAUAUAGCUCUAUUGAGUUGACUGGAUAGCUCUAUUGAGUUGACUGGAUAGCUCUAUUGAGUUGACUGAAUAGCUCUAUUGAGUUGACUGGAUGGCUCUAUUGAGUUGACUGGAUGGCUCUAUUGAGUUGACUGGAUAGCUCUAUUGAGUUGACUGGAUAGCUCUAUUGAGUUGACUGGAUAGGUCUAUUGAGUUGACUGGUUAUCUCUAUUGAGUUGAGUUGACUAAUUAUCUCUAUUGAGUUGACUGAAUAUCGCUUGAGUUGACUGAAUAGCUCUAUUGAGUUGACUGGAUAGCUUUAUUGAGUUGACUGGAUAGCUCUAUUGAGUUGACUGGAUAGCUCUGUUGAGUUGACUGGAUAGCUCUAUUGAGUUGACUGAUUAGCUCUAUUGAGUUGACUGAAUAGCUCUAUUGAGUUGACUGGAUAGCUCUAUUGAGUUGACUGGCUAUCUCUAUUGAGUUGACUGGCUAUCUCUAUUGAGUUGACUGGCUAUCUCUAUUGAGUUGACUGACUAUCUCUAUUGAGUUGACUGAUUAGCUCUAUUGAGUUGACUGAUUAGCUCUAUUGAGUUGACUGAUUAGCUCUAUUGAGUUGACUAGAUAGCUCUAUUGAGUUGACUGGAUAGCUCUAUUGAGUUGACUGGAUAGCUCUAUUGAGUUGACUGGAUAGCUCUAUUGAGUUGACUGAAUAGCUCUAUUGAGUUGACUGAAUAGCUCUAUUGAGUUGACUUAAUAGCUCUAUUGAGUUGACUGAUUAGCUCUAUUGAGUUGACUGGAUAGCUCUAUUGAGUUGACUGGAUAGCUCUAUUGAGUUGACAGGCUAGCUCUAUUGAGUUGACUGGCUAGCUCUAUUGAGUUGACUGAAUAUCGCUUGAGUUGACUGAAUAGCUCUAUUGAGGUAACUGAUUAGCUCUAUUGAGUUGACUGAUUAGCUCUAUUGAGUUGACUUAAUAGCUCUAUUGAGUUGACUGGAUAGCUCUAUUGAGUUGACUGGAUAGCUCUAUUGAGUUGACUGGAUAUCUCUAUUGAGUUGCUGGCUAGCUCUAUUGAGUUGCUGGCUAGCUCUAUUGAGUUGACUGAAUAGCUCUAUUGAGUUGACUGGAUAGCUAUAUUGAGUUGCUGGCUAGCUCUAUUGAGUUGACUGAAUAGCUCUAUUGAGUUGACUGGAUAGCUCUAUUGAGUUGACUGGAUAGCUCUAUUGAGUUGACUGGAUAGGUCUAUUGAGUUGACUGGUUAUCUCUAUUGAGUUGAGUUGACUAAUUAUCUCUAUUGAGUUGACUGAAUAUCACUUGAGUUGACUGAAUAGCUCUAUUGAGUUGACUGGAUAGCUCUAUUGAGUUGACUGGAUAGCUCUAUUGAGUUGACUGGAUAGCUCUAUUGAGUUGACUGGAUAGCUCUAUUGAGUUGACUGGAUGGCUCUAUUGAGUUGACUGGAUAGCUCUAUUGAGUUGACUGGAUAGCUCUAUUGAGUUGACUGGAUAGCUCUAUUGAGUUGACUGGAUAGGUCUAUUGAGUUGACUGGUUAUCUCUAUUGAGUUGAGUUGACUAAUUAUCUCUAUUGAGUUGACUGAAUAUCGCUUGAGUUGACUGAAUAGCUUUAUUGAGUUGACUGGAUAGCUCUAUUGAGUUGACUGGAUAGCUCUGUUGAGUUGACUGGAUAGCUCUAUUGAGUUGACUGAAUAGCUCUAUUGAGUUGACUGGAUAGCUCUAUUGAGUUGACUGAAUAGCUCUAUUGAGUUGACUGAAUAGCUCUAUUGAGUUGACUUAAUAGCUCUAUUGAGUUGACUGAUUAGCUCUAUUGAGUUGACUGGAUAGCUCUAUUGAGUUGACUGGAUAGCUCUAUUGAGUUGACAGGCUAGCUCUAUUGAGUUGACUGGCUAGCUCUAUUGAGUUGACUGAAUAUCGCUUGAGUUGACUGAAUAGCUCUAUUGAGGUAACUGAUUAGCUCUAUUGAGUUGACUGAUUAGCUCUAUUGAGUUGACUUAAUAGCUCUAUUGAGUUGACUGGAUAGCUCUAUUGAGUUGACUGGAUAGCUCUAUUGAGUUGACUGGCUAGCUCUAUUGAGUUGACUGGCUAGCUCUAUUGAGUUGCUGGCUAGCUCUAUUGAGUUGACUGAAUAGCUCUAUUGAGUUGACUGGAUAGCUCUAUUGAGUUGACUGGAUAGCUCUAUUGAGUUGACUGGAUAGGUCUAUUGAGUUGACUGGUUAUCUCUAUUGAGUUGAGUUGACUAAUUAUCUCUAUUGAGUUGACUGAAUAUCACUUGAGUUGACUGAAUAGCUCUAUUGAGUUGACUGGAUAGCUCUAUUGAGUUGACUGGAUAGCUCUAUUGAGUUGACUGGAUAGCUCUAUUGAGUUGACUGGAUAGCUCUAUUGAGUUGACUGGAUGGCUCUAUUGAGUUGACUGGAUAGCUCUAUUGAGUUGACUGGAUAGCUCUAUUGAGUUGACUGGAUAGCUCUAUUGAGUUGACUGGAUAGGUCUAUUGAGUUGACUGGUUAUCUCUAUUGAGUUGAGUUGACUAAUUAUCUCUAUUGAGUUGACUGAAUAUCGCUUGAGUUGACUGAAUAGCUUUAUUGAGUUGACUGGAUAGCUCUAUUGAGUUGACUGGAUAGCUCUGUUGAGUUGACUGGAUAGCUCUAUUGAGUUGACUGAAUAGCUCUAUUGAGUUGACUGGAUAGCUCUAUUGAGUUGACUGGAUAGCUCUAUUGAGUUGACUGGCUAUCUCUAUUGAGUUGACUGGCUAUCUCUAUUGAGUUGACUGGCUAUCUCUAUUGAGUUGACUGACUAUCUCUAUUGAGUUGACUGAUUAGCUCUAUUGAGUUGACUGAUUAGCUCUAUUGAGUUGACUAGAUAGCUCUAUUGAGUUGACUGGAUAGCUCUAUUGAGUUGACUGGAUAGCUCUAUUGAGUUGACUGGCUAGCUCUAUUGAGUUGACUGGCUAGCUCUAUUGAGUUGCUGGCUAGCUCUAUUGAGUUGACUGAAUAGCUCUAUUGAGUUGACUGAAUAGCUCUAUUGAGUUGACUGAUUAGCUCUAUUGAGUUGACUGGAUAGCUCUAUUGAGUUGACUGGAUAGCUCUAUUGAGUUGACAGGCUAGCUCUAUUGAGUUGACUGGCUAGCUCUAUUGAGUUGACUGAAUAUCGCUUGAGUUGACUGAAUAGCUCUAUUGAGGUAACUGAUUAGCUCUAUUGAGUUGACUGAUUAGCUCUAUUGAGUUGACUUAAUAGCUCUAUUGAGUUGACUGGAUAGCUCUAUUGAGUUGACUGGAUAGCUCUAUUGAGUUGACUGGCUAGCUCUAUUGAGUUGACUGGCUAGCUCUAUUGAGUUGCUGGCUAGCUCUAUUGAGUUGACUGAAUAGCUCUAUUGAGUUGACUGGAUAGCUCUAUUCAGUUGACUGGAUAGCUCUAUUGAGUUGACUGGAUAGGUCUAUUGAGUUGACUGGUUAUCUCUAUUGAGUUGAGUUGACUAAUUAUCUCUAUUGAGUUGACUGAAUAUCACUUGAGUUGACUGAAUAGCUCUAUUGAGUUGACUGGAUAGCUCUAUUGAGUUGACUGGAUAGCUCUAUUGAGUUGACUGGAUAGCUCUAUUGAGUUGACUGGAUAGCUCUAUUGAGUUGACUGACUAUCUCUAUUGAGUUGACUGAUUAGCUCUAUUGAGUUGACUAAAUAGCUCUUGAGUUGACUAAAUAGCUCUUGAGUUGACUGGAUAGCUAUAUUGAGUUGACUGAUUAGCUCUAUUGAGUUGACUGAUUAGCUCUAUUGAGUUGACUGAUUAGCUCUAUUGAGUUGACUGGAUAGCUCUAUUGAGUUGACUGGAUAGCUCUAUUGAGUUGACUGGCUAGCUCUAUUGAGUUGACUGGCUAGCUCUAUUGAGUUGACUGGAUAGCUCUAUUGAGUUGACUGGAUAGCUCUAUUGAGUUGACUGGAUAGCUCUAGUAAGUUGACUGGAUAGCUCUAUUGAGUUGAGUUGACUAAUUAUCUCUAUUGAGUUGACUGGAUAGCUCUAUUGAGUUGACUGGAUAGCUCUAUUGAGUUGACUGGAUAGCUCUAUUGAGUUGACUGGAUAGCUCUAUUGAGUUGACUGAUUAGCUCUAUUGAGUUGACUGGAUAGCUUUAUUGAGUUGACUGGCUAUCUCUAUUGAGUUGACUGGCUAUCUCUAUUGAGUUGACUGACUAUCUCUAUUGAGUUGACUAAUUAGCUCUAUUGAGUUGACUGAUUAGCUCUAUUGAGUUGACUAAAUAGCUCUAUUGAGUUGACUGGAUAGCUCUAUUGAGUUGACUGGCUAUCUCUAUUGAGUUGACUGAUUAGCUCUAUUGAGUUGACUGGAUAGCUCUAUUGAGUUGACUGGAUAGCUCUAUUGAGUUGACUGGAUAGCUCUAUUGAGUUGACUGGCUAGCUCUAUUGAGUUGACUGAAUAUCGCUUGAGUUGACCGAAUAGCUCUAUUGAGGUAACUGAUUAGCUCUAUUGAGUUGACUGAUUAGCUCUAUUGAGUUGACUUAAUAGCUCUAUUGAGUUGACUGGAUAGCUCUAUUGAGUUGACUGGCUAGCUCUAUUGAGUUGACUGGCUAGCUCUAUUGAGUUGACUUAAUAGCGCUAUUGAGUUGACUGAUUAGCUCUAUUGAGUUGACUGGAUAGCUUUAUUGAGUUGACUGGCUAUCUCUAUUGAGUUGACUUAAUAGCUCUAUUGAGUUGACUGAUUAGCUCUAUUGAGUUGACUUAAUAGCUCUAUUGAGUUGACUGGAUAGCUCUAUUGAGUUGACUAAUUAUCUCUAUUGAGUUGACUGAAUAGCUCUAUUGAGUUGACUGAUUAGCUCUAUUGAGUUGACUGGAUAGCUUUAUUGAGUUGACUGGCUAUCUCUAUUGAGUUGACUGGCUAUCUCUAUUGAGUUGACUGACUAUCUCUAUUGAGUUGACUGAUUAGCUCUAUUGAGUUGACUGAUUAGCUCUAUUGAGUUGACUGAAUAGCUCUAUUGAGUUGACUGAAUAGCUCUAUUGAGUUGACUGAAUAGCUCUAUUGAGUUGACUGAUUAGCUCUAUUGAGUUGACUGGAUAGCUUUAUUGAGUUGACUGGCUAUCUCUAUUGAGUUGACUGGCUAUCUCUAUUGAGUUGACUGACUAUCUCUAUUGAGUUGACUGAUUAGCUCUAUUGAGUUGACUGAUUAGCUCUAUUGAGUUGACUAAAUAGCUCUAUUGAGUUGACUGGAUAGCUCUAUUGAGUUGACUGGAUAGCUCUAUUGAGUUGACUGGAUAGCUCUAUUGAGUUGACUGGCUAGCUCUAUUGAGUUGACUGGAUAGCUCUAUUGAGUUGACUGGAUAGCUCUAUUGAGUUGACUGGCUAGCUCUAUUGAGUUGACUGGAUAGCUCUAUUGAGUUGACUGGAUAGCUCUAUUGAGUUGACUGGAUAGCUCUAUUGAGUUGACUGGCUAGCUCUAUUGAGUUGACUGAAUAUCGCUUGAGUUGACCGAAUAGCUCUAUUGAGGUAACUGAUUAGCUCUAUUGAGUUGACUUAAUAGCUCUAUUGAGUUGACUGGAUAGCUCUAUUGAGUUGACUGGCUAGCUCUAUUGAGUUGACUGGGUGGGUCUAUUGAGUUGCUGGAUAGCUCUAUUGAGUUGCUGGAUAGCUCUAUUGAGUUGCUGGCUAGCUCUAUUGAGUUGACUGGAUAGCUCUAUUGAGUUGACUGGGUGGGUCUAUUGAGUUGAGUUGACUAAUUAUCUCUAUUGAGUUGACUGAAUAUCGCUUGAGUUAACUGAAAAUAUCGCUUGCGUUAACUGAAAAUAUCGCUUGCGUUAACUGAAAAUAUCGCUUGCGUUAACUGAAAAUAUCGCUUGAAUUGUGUAGAGGAGAUCCUCCAGUUUCUAUUGUGAUGUAUUCAGGGGUGGAAUUGGAGGAAAAAUAACUCUAGAGAACUGCCCAUAUGAAAUCCUAUGAAUUCAUGAACAACACAGUUUUACAUGUCAAAAUUCUUACACCUUUGGAACUCCGUUCCAGCAAUUCCAGCCCUGGAUGUAUUUUGAUUAAUGGUUGUGUGCACACAGGUACGUCCCUCCAGACCAGGCGAGGACAGUAGCCUUGUCCCAGGCCUCCAAGUCGGGCUCCUCAGCCAGCAGCACAGCCAGCACCUCUGAAGUCCAGCCCUUGAAAACCCUGCAGCUCAACAAGACCCCCCCAGCACAUCAGGUAUUGCUUCUAUCUGCUUUCCUAACAUAUGGCGUAAUACUUUUCAGGCUGAUGUGCUUUUGAGUCAUUUGCAAAAAAAAAAUGCCCUUUUAUCCAUUUACAUAACUUGGUCUAGUCAUUAUAUAAGUCAAUGGGUGCAACCCAAAAUGUCCCCAGUUGUUUUUCUUUGAAGCAUGUCAUCAUUGAGUAGACUGUUGCCAUGGCGCCCUAGCAGCAGCCUAAGCAGAGAGCUCCUGUACAUUUUGUAAAUAUUUUUGUAAUUAAUUUCUAUAGCAUUUUUUACCUACAAUCUUUUUUUGUUUUAAGAAUGAACAAUUUAAUAUAGCUAAUUCAUAUCAUCAGCGUUAAGACUGAAGCUGUUUGAAUAGCUUGCUAACGUUAGCUGGCUAGCUGUUUUGAUUCAAAUGACAGCUAGUGUCUGGAGGUUGAGGAUGGAGUGAAGCCCGAAAGCAAGACUGCAGAGGUAUGCAGUGAUGAGGCACGUAGGGAGGACGGAGUUACAAGGCUGCUGUUUAAUUAUUAUUGAAAUGUGGAGUGCUUUCUGGUGCCACGUGACUGCCAUAGCAUCAUCCAAGUGGGCGCUUAAUUUUGGUAGUAGUGAAGGAGUAGAUACAGUGGGGAAAAAAAGUAUUUAGUCAGCCACCAAUUGUUCAAGUUCUCCCACUUAAAAAUAUGAGAGAGGCCUGUAAUUUUCAUCAUAGGUACACGUCAACUAUGACAGACAAAAUGAGAAGAAAAAAAUCAGAAAAUCACAUUGUAGGAUUUUUAAUACAUUUAUUUGCAAAUUAUGGUGGAAAAUAAGUAUUUGGUCAAUAACAAAAGUUUCUCAAUACUUUGUUAUAUACACUUUGUUGGCAAUGACACAGGUCAAACGUUUUCUGUAAGUCUUCACAAGGUUUUCACACACUGUUGCUGGUAUUUUGGCCCAUUCCUCCAUGCAGAUCUCCUCUAGAGCAGUGAUGUUUUGGGGCUGUCGCUGGGCAACACAGACUUUCAACUCCCUCCAAAGAUUCUCUAUGGGGUUGAGAUCUGGAGACUGGCUAGGCCACUCCAGGACCUUGAAAUGCAUCUUACGAAGCCACUCCUUCGUUGCCCGGGCGGUGUGUUUGGGAUCAUUGUCAUGCUGAAAGACCCAGCCACGUUUCAUCUUCAAUGCCCUUGCUGAUGGAAGGAGGUUUUCACUCAAAAUCCCACGAUACAUGGCCCCAUUCAUUCUUUCCUUUACACGGAUCAGUCGUCCUGGUCCCUUUGCAGAAAAACAGCCCCAAAGCAUGAUGUUUCCACCCCAAUGCUUCACAGUAGGUAUGGUGUUCUUUGGAUGCAACUCAGCAUUCUUUGUCCUCCAAACACGACGAGUUGAGUUUUUACCAAAAAGUUCUAUUUUGGUUUCAUAUGACAUUCUCCCAAUCCUCUUCUGGAUCAUCCAAAUGCACUCUAGCAAACUUCAGACGGGCCUGGACAUGUACUGGCUUAAGCAGGGGGACACGUCUGGCACUGCAGGAUUUGAGUCCCUGGCGGCGUAGUGUGUUACUGAUGGUAGGCUUUGUUACUUUGGUCCCAGCUCUCUGCAGGUCAUUCACUAGGUCCCCCCGUGUGGUUCUGGGAUUUUUGCUCACCGUUCUUGUGAUCAUUUUGACCCCACGGGGUGAGAUCUUGCGUGGAGCCCCAGAUCGAGGGAGAUUAUCAGUGGUCUUGUAUGUCUUCCAUUUCCUAAUAAUUGCUCCCACAGUUGAUUUUUUCAAACCAAGCUGCUUACCUAUUGCAGAUUCAGUCUUCCCAGCCUGGUGCAGGUCUACAAUUUUGUUUCUGGUGUCCUUUGACAGCUCUUUGGUCUUGGCCAUAGUGGAGUUUGGAGUGUGACUGUUUGAGGUUGUGGACAGGUGUCUUUUAUACUGAUAACAAGUUCAAACAGGUGCCAUUAAUACGAGUGGAGGACAGAGGAGCCUCUUAAAGAAGUUGUUACAGGUCUGUGAGAGCCAGAAAUCUUGCUUGUUUGUAGGUGACCAAAUACUUAUUUUCCACCAUAAUUUGCUAAUAAAUUCAUUAAAAAUCCUACAAUGUGAUUUUCUGGAUUUUUUUUCCCUCAAUUUGUCUGUCAUAGUUGACGUGUACCUAUGAUAAAUUACAGGCCUCUCAUCUUUUUAAGUGGGAGAACUUGCACAAUUGGUGGCUGACUAAAUACUUUUUUCCCCCACUGUAGCUAGCUACCUACUACAGAGUCCAUGGAUUAGUGUCGCUUAGCUCAAACUUCAUCUGACUGAGUUUUACUGCGGAAAAGCCAGAGACAGUGAGACACCUUGAUGUGACUUUCCUGCCUGCCUCUGGACUUUCUCUUCUUGCUUGACCACCUCCCUCAGAUGACCACUCAAGCCAUGAACUUUCUAAUGACUAUCCAUGACGUUGUGAUGUUGUUUUUCUAAAUUACUUUAUUUUUUUUUGUGUGCUUUGAAUCACAGACAAUUUAAGGUUUUUUGAAAAGCACUAUAUAAGUUGAAUAAAUUGUUAUUAUUAAUUAUUGCUCAUGGUCUCUCUCCCUCCGCCAGUCCCCGAUGGUGGUUCGCUCCCUGGCCCAUCCCGUAGUUCAGGAGAAGAAGUUUGACCUCCUCUCGGACCUGGGUGGAGACAUCUUUGCCGCUCCGCCCUCUCAGGCUGCCAGCAACGCCAACUUUGCCAACUUUGCAAAUUUCCCCAGCCAAUCAGGUAAUGAGCCAGUCAGGUUUCCCUAGCCAAUCAGGUAAUGAGCCAGUCAGGUUUCCCUAGCCAAUCAGGUAAUGCAUGAGAAUGGCCUUCACUCAAACUCACAGGGGCAAAUCCUAACUUCCAUUUAGGUUGAAUUUUCUCUUAGUCAUACAUUGACGUCAAUAGGAGACUAAGUGAAAAUUUGAUUUAAUGCAGCUAUUGCAGUUGAAACAAUAAGACUAUUCCCCGCCUUUGUUUUGGUAUAAAGCUGAGGGAUGGGGCUGGAUAAAUGUAACCACUCUCAAAUUCAUAGACCGCUAUGGAUGCAAGGACUGACCAUCCAUGAUAUCAACAUUAUAGUUUUAACCAUGUUUUGAGGCUAUACAGAGGAAAAAAAGCUUAUUUUGGGUUCUGACCGGGUACGACAGUUGAACUAAAGCUCAUGAGGCAUUUAUAAGUUAUAUUCUUCAAGAGUCAAUGGGUACAUUUAAUAAAUUCAUUAGUCCAAAAAUGUAUGUAGCAACUGCAGACUGCCCCUUUUUUAUUAAGUGGGAGUUAGGCGUCGCCCAAUAUUGAGUAGAUUUGAAUGGUUUUGUCUUCAAAGAGUCCAAAUUUAAAUAAAUCUCGAGGGCAUGCAAAUGAGGAGUGCAGUGAGACUGUGAACAUGCCUACACGUGUACAUACGUCGUUAUAAUGUCUCUAUGUUAAAUCAUUGUCAUUUGCCACUCCUACCAUUUUUACCAUCAUGCCGUUCGUUCCUCAUUCCUCACAUUGUCAGGGUUUUGUGUUUCCUCCCUGUGGUUUGCAGCGACUCAGGUUAACUCAAAAGCUAACUUUGCCAACUUUGAGGCGUUUGGCAACUCUGGAGUACCGCCGCAUUUCAGGACCUCACCCCCCUCACAGUCGUUUGCGUCAGGUACCGCUGAGUCCCAUUCUCAUACAUACCCUCUCGUUUACAUUAUCUCUGUUCCAAGCCCAACAGGGGGACGUGUUAGCUUGUUUUUGUCAUACCCACAUGUGCCUCUUUCUUUUGUGUGUGUUCGUGUCCAUGUCCUUUCCCCUGUGCGUGAAUGUGUGUAUAUUGAGCCCUGUGUACAGUGAGGGGAAAAAAGUAUUUGAUCCCCUGCUGAUUUUGUACGUUUGCCCACUGACAAAUAAAUGAUCAGUCUAUAAUUUUUAUGGUAGGUUUAUUUGAACAGUGAGAGACAGAAUAACAACAAAAAAAUCCAGAAAAACGCAUGUAAAAAAUGUUAUAAAUUGAUUUGCAUUUUAAUGAGGGAAAUAAGUAUUUGACCCCUCUGCAAAACAUGACUUGGUACUUGACUUGACCAUGACUUGGUACUUGGUGGCAAAACCCUUGUUGGCAAUCACAGAGGUCAGACGUUUCUUGUAGUUGGCCACCAGGUUUGCACACAUCUCAGGAGGGAUUUUGUCCCACUCCUCUUUGCAGAUCUUCUCCAAGUCAUUAAGGUUUCGAGGCUGACGUUUGGCAACUCGAACCUUCAGCUCCCUCCACAGAUUGUCUAUGGGAUUAAGGUCUGGAGACUGGCUAGGCCACUCCAGGACCUUAAUGUGCUUCUUCUUGAGCCACUCCUUUGUUGCCUUGGCCGUGUGUUUUGGGUCAUUGUCAUGCUGGAAUACCCAUCCAUGACCCAUUUUCAAUGCCCUUGGCUCACCCAAGAUUUGACGGUACAUGGCCCCGUCCAUCGUCCCUUUGAUGCAGUGAAGUUGUCCUGUCCCCUUAGCAGAAAAACACCCCCAAAGCAUAAUGUUUCCACCUCCAUGUUUGGGGGUGUUUUCUUGGGGUCAUAGGCAGCAUUCCUCCUCCUCCAAACACGGCGAGUUGAGUUGAUGCCAAAGAGCUUCAUUUUGGUCUCAUCUGACCACAAAACUUUCACCCAGUUCUCCUCUGAAUCAUUCAGAUGUUCAUUGGCAAACUUCAGACGGCCCUGUAUGUGUGCUUUCUUGAGCAGGGGGACCUUGCGGGCGCUGCAGGAUUUCAGUCCUUCACGGCGUAGUUACCAAUUGUUUUCUUAGUGACUAUGGUCCCAGCUGCCUUGAGAUCAUUGACAAGAUCCUCCCAUGUUGUUCUGGGCUGAUUCCUCACCGUUCUCAUGAUCAUUGCAACUCCACGAGGUGAGAUCUUGCAUGGAGCCCCAGGCCGAGGGAGAUUGACAGUUCUUUUGUGUUUCUUCCAUUUGCGAAUAAUCGCACCAACUGUUGUCACCUUCCCACCAAGCUGCUUGGCGAUGGUCUUGUAGCCCAUUCCAGCCUUGUGUAGGUCUACAAUCUUGUCGCUGACAUCCUUGGAGAGCUCUUUGGUCUUGGCCAUGGUGGAGAGUUUGGAAUCUGAUUGAUUGCUUCUGUGGACAGGUGUCUUUUAUACAGGUAACAAGCUGAGAUUAGGAGCACUCCCUUUAAGAGUGUGCUCCUAAUCUCAGCUCGUUACCUGUAUAAAAGACACCUGGGAGCCAGAAAUCUUUCUGAUUUGAGAGGGGGUCAAAUACUUAUUUCCCUCAUUAAAAUGCUAAUCAAUUUACAAUGCGUUUUUCUGGAUUUUUUUGUUGUUAUUCUGUCUCUCACUGUUCAAAUAAACCUACCAUUUAAAAGUAUAGACUGAUCAUUUCUUUGUCAGUGGGCAAACGUACAAAAUCAGCAGGGGAUCAAAUACUUUUUCCCCCUCACUGUAGGGCGAGGUGUCCCAGUGCCGUCGGUGGCUGGUGCUGUACCAGCCCAGUCCCAGCUGGGUCCCUCGGCAGAGGACCGCUACGCCGCUCUGGCUGAGCUGGACAACGAGCUGAGCUCCUCGGCCCCUACAGGGAGCAGUGUCCAGGGGUGAGAGACAGGCACCACUCCAAAACCUGGCACUAAAAACACAUUUAUAUAUAUGCUAACUCUAGAUAUACACACUCUCUCUGCCUUAAAAACAGUUUUUUUUUUGUGGUUCAAUGAGCUAAGAUAUGUAUUUAUGUUAUGUGUUUAAGUGAAUCUAGGAAUAUGUUUGGAGCUGUGUUGGGAACCUCGCCUGCCCAGACUCAGCCAGUAUUACCCAGCAUGCAUGUGCAGCAAGGCUUUGGAGGUGAGGGGAUUGUUCCACCUACAUUAUUUUCUGAAAUGGUUGACCCUCAAACAUAAUGAAAACAUCAUGUCAUGUCCUGUUGUUUCAGCUGUCCCGUCCAAUAACCCAUUUGUUGCUGCUGCCCCCGAUAUGGCCACCAACCCCUUCCAGACCAAUGGUAUAGCACCGGCUGCAGGUGUGUGUGUGUGUGUGUGUGUGUGUGUGUGUGUGAGCACAUUAAAGUGCAUACAUACAUAUCAAGUGUGUAUGUGUGUUUGGGCCUCUGCUAUUUGUCUGUGCAUACUCCACUUCAAUGUGUCCAUGUUUUAUACCCCUGCAUUCUUGUGUGCACUGUGUUGUAUGUUACUGUACCCUCGCUACUCUUGUGUUCAUGUGUUGUCCUACUUCCCCUCCCUCCUCUGUGUGCACUGUGUUAUGUUAUACUCCCCUCCCUCUCUCUGUGUGUUCAUGUUUACUUCUCCCCUCUCCUCUCUCUGUGUGUCCACUGUGUUUAUGUUACUCCCCUCCCCUCUCUCUGUGUGUUCAUGUUACUCCCCUCCCCUCUCUCUGUGUGUCCACUGUGUUUAUGUACUCCCCUCCCCUCUCUCUGUGUGUUCAUGUUACUCCCCUCCUCCUCUCUCUGUGUGUCCACUGUGUUUAUGUUACUCCCCUCCCCUCUCUCUGUGUGUUCAUGUUACUCCCCUCCCCUCUCUCUGUGUGUCCACUGUGUUUAUGUUACUCCCCUCCCCUCUCUCUGUGUGUUCAUGUUACUCCCCUCCCUCUCUCUGUUGUCCAUGUGUUCUUGUUACUUCUUCCCCCUCCCCUCUCUCUGUGUGUUCAUGUUACUCCCCUCCUCCCCUCUCUCUCUGUGUGUCCACUGUGUUUAUGUUACUCUCCCCUCCCCUCUCUCUGUGUGUUUAUGUUACUCCCCUCCCUCUCUUUGUCCUGUGUGUUAUGUUACUCCCCUCCCCUCUCUCUGUGUGUUCAUGUUACUCCCCUCCCCUCUCUCUGUGUGUACUUCAUGUUACUCUCUCCUCUCCCCUCUCUCUGUGUGUUCAUGUUACUCCCCUCCCCCUCUCUCUGGUGUGUUCAUGUUACUCCCCUCCUCCUCUCUGUGUUAUGUUACUCCCCUCCCUCUCUCUGUGUGUUCAUGUGUUAUUCUCCCCCCUCUCCUCUCUCUGUGCCUGUUUAUGUUACUCCCCUCCCUCCUCUCUCUGUGUGUUCAUGUUACUCCCCUCCCCUCUCUCUUGUGUGUUCAUGUUACUCCCCCUCCCCUCUCUCUGUGUGUUCAUGUUACUCCCCUCCCCUCUCUCUGUGUGUUCAUGUUACUCUCCCCUCCCCUCUCUCUGUGUGUUCAUGUUACUCCCCCUCCCCUCUCUCUGUGUGUUCAUGUUACUCCCCUCCCCUCUCUCUGUGUGUUCAUGUUACUCCCCUCCCCUCUCUCUGUGUGUUCAUGUUACUCCCCUCCCCUCUCUCUGUGUGUUCAUGUUACUCUCCCUCCCCUCUCUCUGUGUGUUUUAUUUACUCCCCUCCCCUCCUCUGUUGUUCAUGUUACUCCCCUCCCCUCUCUCUGUGUGUUUAUGUUACUCCCCUCCCCUCUCUCUGUGUGUUCAUGUUACUCCCCUCCCCUCUCUCUGUGUGUCCACUGUGUUCAUGUCACUCCCCUCCCCUCUCUGUGUGUCCUAGCCUCCUUUGCCACAGGUUCUAUGAGUUUGCCUGCUGGCUUUGGGAAGCCCUCCUCCUACUGCCUCCCGACCAGUUUCAGUGGGACCUUCCAGCAGCCCUUCCCUGGCCAAGCCCCCUUCCCUUACCCCCAGCCAGGGGCCUACCACCCCCAGCAACCCAAUGGUAAGUAGUGUACCCGGUCCUCCUUUUAGUGUUCUCAAUCACAAUAUAGUUUGGCCUUAACAUUGAAGCUGUGAUUUCCAAAACUAUGUUUGUGCUGUGACUUUUCUUGUGACCCUCCACUAUAAACAAAGAUCAUGUUACUGGCUAGUAUCCACUCUGUAACUAAAUAGCCGUCGCCCACUAUUUGGGAACCUAAUUGGUAAAGAGACCAUUAAGCCUAAUCUGUUUGUUUUUUCUCUCUGCGUUGACAGGCCUUGGUGGAUACCCAGUCUACGGACAGAGCAAGGCCUCCGUGACCCCCUUUGGGCAGCCCGUGGCUGGGCCGGGGAUGACCAAUAACCCAUUUAUGGUGAGCAUUUAAUAGCGUGUAUGUUUCCAGAUCAUGUCGAAGGACCGAAGGACGUAUUGUGGUCUUUAAUUGUAAAACUUGUAAUACAAGUAUGAAACACUUUGUCCCUGACUUUGUCUGAACACAUGCAGUUUACUUACACAUUCAACUUCUGCAUGGGUCCAAUGUAAAAACGCCUAUGUGGACGGUCGCCCCAUGCGCCCUCUCUCUCAGCUAAUAUUGAUUAACCCUUUUGUCUCCAACCAGGCGGGCGCCCCGGCAGGAUCCUACCCCUCUGGAAGCUCCACCACCAACCCCUUCCUUUAGCGCGCCUCCCUCCCUCCCUCCCCGUCGUCACCACGAGAGGGCAGCAUGCAGCACCUAUUCAAUGACCGGCUCAGUCACACCCUGUGAUGUGACAGUACAUUUCUGAAACUCUGAAUUCAAGAUUUUCUUAACUAUGUUUAUGACACUAUGAAGGACUAUGGGAUCUGGGACUGCCCUGGAACGAUGCCUUUGGACUUAUAAGUUCUUUAUACAUAAUAUUUUGUAGUUUAUUAUGUUUGGCAAUAAGCUCUUUUAUUGUGCAUAUCGGCAUUUGUAAUCACGUUUAAAAUACAUGUUAUGUAUAAUUAGGACUUGACGUGGGCGGGCAACAUUGUGGAGGUGCCACUACAAUGUUUCUACCAGUGGGUUUAUAUGAUAACUAACAGGGUUGUUUGUAUACAACAAGUCUUGGAGUGAACUGAGGUGACGUGAAGAUUUUCGCAUCGAGGACGAUGAUUAGAUGUUGGUGAAGAAUCAGGCUGGCAGAGGCGUUAUUCACCUAAUUGCAUUUGAGGGGGCACCGAUGGUCAUGUUUAGUAUCAUUUAAUGAAUUCUGUGUAAAAGAAACAAUGUAUUGUGUAGCGGUUUCAAUGGGCGUGACGCCUCUGCCUGCAGUUAUGGUGUCCAGGAAAGGGACUUUUAUUUGGUGCAUGAUUAAUACUGCUAUUACUUGGGGUGCAACCUGGAGUCCGUUCAGCAGGGCACAACGUUGUG